AUGGGAUCUCUUUCUCAUGAGAGAAAAAAUGAUACCUUUGCUCCUCCCUCGUCUCCUUGUGCGUUGAAGUACAUCGAGCAUCAUGUAUCCAAGUUGGACACACUUGCAGGCGUCGCUAUAAAGUACGAUGUUAAGAAAUCUAUUGCUUCACCUGGGCAUGGAAUUCUUGCUGUCGAUGAAUCAAAUGCUACAUGUGGAAAGAGGCUUGCUUCAAUUGGUCUGGAGAAUACAGAACAAAACCGCCAAGCUUAUAGACAACUUUUGUUGACCACCUCGGGUCUAGGUGCAUAUAUAUCUGGGGCUAUUCUUUAUGAGGAAACACUAUACCAAUCGACCAUAGAUGGAAAGAAGUUCGUGGACUGCUUACACCAUGAGAAAAUCAUGCCCAGUAUUAAGGUUGAUAAGGGUUUGGUCCCAUUACCUGGAUCAAACAAUGAAUCUUGGUGCCAAGGAUUGGAUGGAUUGGCCUCAAGAUGUGCUAAGUAUUACAAACAAGGCUCACGUUUUGAUAAAUGGAGAACAGCUGUUAGUAUUCCUUCUGGACCUUCUACUCUGGUUGUUAAGGAGGCUGCAUGGGGACUUGCUCGUUAUGCUGCUAUUGCCCAGGUUGCUAUUCCUCUACAUCAGCUCAAAUCUACUAAUUCAUCAACAAGCAAAAAGAAACCAGCAGAAAAGUAUAUCCAGGUUGUGUCGGUCGAUAACCAUGAAUUUUGGUUCAUGGGGUUUAUGCACUACGAUAGUGCCGCAAAGAGUUUACAGGAUGCUUUGCAUGACGCACAGAACACAAAACCAGUAACAACGACUUCAAGUGUCUAAGUUCAUUCAAGAAUCUAGAAACCGGAUUGCUCGACGUCCCCAAGGACACCUAAUAAUUGCCAUCGGUGCAUCUA